GCCUUUCUUCCUCAAACCACCAUGUCUUCCCCACAUUCUGUUCACGUUACUGGACUCAGCGCUUCUACCGCAGAGAGCCAACUUCAUGAUUUUUUCACAUUCUGUGGAAAGAUCAUCUCGAUUGAUCACAAAGGACCUGAAGCUACGAUUCAUUUUGAGAAGCCUUCUGCUGCCAACACCGCUCUCAUGCUGAACGGUGGAACCUUGGAAGGCGCAACUCUGACCGUUACCUCCGAGGUCGAGCAUCAAGACGAACCUAAAGACGACCAUGAUCACGCCGAGCCCAUCAGCCAGUCCGAUAAGCCAAGAGCAGGAAUCGCUGCAGAGUACCUCGCAAGAGGCUAUAUGCUGUCAGACAACAUCCUUAAGCGAGCUAUCGAACUCGAUAACAAUCGCGGUAUCUCGAAACGCUUUCUUUCUUAUAUCCAAAACAUCGACAGUGGCCUGGGUAGCCGCACGUUAGGUCCUGAUCAAACGAUCUCUGGAAAGCUUCAGGAAACUGUUGGAGCUGCUACUCAGCAGGCCAAGUCCAUCGACGAACAGAAAGGGUUCUCUAAAACCGCUAGUGACUAUUAUACUAGGGCUCUCUCGUCUGCGAUGGGCCAGAAAGUUCGUGAAUUUUACACCACGACCUCUAAGCAGGUUCUCGACAUUCAUGAGGAGGCUAAACGGAUAGCUGCGAGCACCCCGAAUGAGGGUGCUGGUGGAUCUGGUGCUACGACUGCUGCGGACACCAAGGCCAAGGCUUGAGGAAGGUUCUGGAUCAGUUUCCGAUUUCGUGUCCGUCUCUCCCAUAAACGUUUACACAAUCUGUACUUAUACGAAUGGACAUAAUAAGUGUAUUACAGACCAAUUUUAUCAUACAUCUUCGGA